AGGAGGAGGAAGAGGAGGAGGAGGCUGCCGUGUCUGUGGCUGCGCCUGCAGGAAUCCGUUCGGAGAGCGCACGCGACACGGCCACGAUGCUCUGAGCUUGCGGUGGUGUGACUUGUGACCGAGACUAUUGGAAGGCAAACAAGUUGUAAUUCUCAGAGGAGAUGAGCACCAACGAUGCCAAGGAGUAUCUGGCUCGGCGGGAGAUACCUCAACUAUUUGAGAGCCUGCUGACAGGUCUCAUGUACCACCGGCCCGAUGACCCCGUGGACUACCUGGAGGGCUGCCUGAAAAAAGUGCGCGAGCUGGGCGGGCCAGACAAGGUGCGAUGGGACACAUUCGUGGGCCAGGAGAAAAAGUCGCUGCCGCCCAUCAACGGUGGCCAGUCACGACGCUCGCUCUUCAGAAACGUGAUGCCCGACAGUCCCAAUUUCCCCUACAGACGCUACGAGCGCCUCCCUCCCAUCAGCCAGUUCUCCAUCGAGAGCGACUCGGACCUGUCGGAGACGGCCGAGCUCAUCGAGGAGUAUGAAGUGUUCGAUCCAUCCAGGCCACGGCCCAAAGUCAUCCUCGUCAUCGGGGGUCCCGGCAGUGGUAAGGGAACACAGUGCCUGAAGAUCGCCGAACGUUAUGGCUUCCAGUACGUGUCGGUGGGUGAGCUGCUGCGGAAGAAGAUGAUCCAUAACGCCACUAGCAACAGGAAGUGGAGCCUGAUCGCUAAGAUCAUCACCAACGGCGAGCUGGCACCGCAGGAAACCACCAUCACCGAGAUCAAGCAGAAGAUCAUGAAAAUCCCGGACGCCAAUGGCAUCGUCAUCGAUGGCUUCCCGAGAGACAUCGGACAGGCCUUGUCCUUUGACGACCAGAUCUGCACUCCCGACGUGGUGGUGUUUCUGGCGUGCACCACCCACCGUUUGAAGGAGCGCCUGCAGCGGCGGGCCGAGCAGCAGGGUCGCCCCGACGACAACCCCAAAGCCAUUGAGCGGCGUCUGACCAACUUUAAGCAAAACACCAUCCCCUUGGUCAAGUACUUCCAGGAGCGGGGCCUCAUCGUCACGCUGGAUGCAGGUCGUGAUGAAGAGGAGGUGUUCUGUGACAUCAGCGCAACUCUGGACAACAAGUUGUUCCCUUCGCAAGAGUCCGCUGCAGCUCCAAGUGAGCCCGAUCUCAGUCUGUGGCCUGAAUGCAACAUCCUAGGCGACUUUGCUGAAAAGAACGAGGAGGACGAAGAGGAAGAAGAGCUCGCGUACAACGAAGGAAGUGAAGAAAGUUCUUGCACAUUGCCAAAAAAGCCAAAGGUCAUCUUUUUGAUGGGUGCCGCGGGCUCGGGCAAGCGCGCACAGUGCGAGCGCAUGGAGGACAAGCUGGGCCUGCGUUCCUUGACCUUGGCCGACGUGCUGUGCGGCGAGAUGCAGACUCUCGGCGACAGGGGGCGCCACCUGCGGGAUGUCCUGCAGAGAGGAGAGCCCCUGCCAGAGGACGUUACCAUGGAUGUGCUUUGCGAGGCGGUGGCGGCGGCAACUCGACGGCAGGCCAGGGGCGUGGUUGUCUGCGGCUUCCCCGUAGACCUGAGACAGGCUCAGCUGUACGAGGCCAAGAUGGGUGAGCCUACUGCGGUGCUCCUGCUCAGCUGCUCGACUCAAACCCUCUCCAGUCGUCUGCAGAGCCGCCGGAGUUCCGCUUCGGCCAUGGUAUCAGCUCCGGACAAAGAUGGCGCCCCAUGCUGGAGGGCCGACAGUUUCUGGGCAGACGUCGAGCCAGUGGUGGAACACUACGACGGAAAGAAGCUACUGCACACGAUUGAUGCCGAGAGGUCACCUGACCAAGUGUUCGCUCAAAUCUGCCAGGUGAUGGAGUCCUCUACCGCUAUCUGACUUGUUAACGCAGACACACACACACACACACACGUAAACGCACACUAGCUGUUCACCCGGUUGUCACGUGAAUUUUUGAUUCUCCCAAUUAACCGUGAAUUGGUUUGAGUGGGUGGAGUUUUGGCUGUACGAUUCAAGGGCGCCACAGCAGCAGAACACAGACUGAUCCCGUCAUGCACAUCACAUCUUCAUAUUUUAUAUGGUUAACAAGAAGCAUGCAUUCACUGUCAAACUUGAGGAUCAUCCAAGGACAAAACAAAUAAUAUUUGUACAUUUGCAAGCUUAGUUACUAUGCGAAUAUGCUAUUAACGUUUCAAUAAAGUUGUGCAUUUUGA